GGGCGCUCGUUUGGUUGUUCUGCCCGUGCCACUAUCCGUCUCCGGGGCGGGUUUCCUGCUGAUUGACAACGUCUGGAUGUCUUCUCCACUUUGUACGAUACAUUUGAGGCAGAAAUGAAUCCGAAAAGGUUAUGAUUUAAAUCAAGUCGUGGUUCACAACGGUGUCCUUCUAAUGACUCGUAUCUGGUCGACUACUUGGGUGUAACCGCAGCAGGUUGCAGCGUUGCUACUACAAAACAAACGCACCAUGGACAUGUGGCGUUACCACUAAGCUAAAAUUAAUUUAUUAUGGAUCCAGAGGAAGCCUAUAUGUCUUUGUUUUUGUGAGGAAACUAUCAAUAGUAGUUAUGUACAUUUGAACAUUUUAUCCACAUGUUUACAUCUACCCCAUCUUCAAAAUUGAUAAUACAGUAACUAGUAGACGUCAGUACUGUUAGUUUUAGCCGUAGUUAAGUUUUAGCUCACUAAUAAACUGGAGCUUAAAUUUGUGUCAUUCGGUUUGAGUCCAGGGAUAAAACACAUAUAUAACAUGAUCGUUGUGUGGGAGGAAAUGCUCACACAACAAUGGCAUGUCGUUGUGUGAGUGAUAAAAACGAGAAAGACUUCAAAAUGUACAGUCGUGACUUAAAAACUACCAACGUGCCACGGUUCCACGAUGACCAUCUUGUGCUGUGUGCACUCUUUGGCUCCGCUGCUUAGCAACAAACAUUAGCGAGCUAGCCAGUUGCCUGGUUAGCCACUCGCAAGCGCAACGUAGUUAGCCGAAAGCCUGGCUCGCGGACUGACAGUGAUGAGUAUAGAUUGUGAUUGGCAUCCUCUAAACGUCACAUAUUUAACUCAGUUGUCGACGUAAAUCAAACUUCGUCUGUCGUUCCGAUGCAGAUAGCAUUCGGUGUGUGGAGACAGUAGACACGUAGUACAAACAGGUGUAGCAGAAGGUUAUUUUACUCCGGGGGAAAAUGGCUAACCCUAGCUAGUUAACAGCAGCACCGGAGUCACCAGCGUCUUCCUGCUGCCAUAGAGAAGAGCAAAGUCAGAGGCUGUAGAAAUGUGAUGGUGGGUUCGCUGGCUGCUUAGUUAUUCUAAUGUUGGCGGACAUCGGAUGAGCUGUUGUGCGAAUUUACAGGUGGUACAUGUGUCCGUGUCGCUUUAUCAAAACAACCCGGGCCGAGUGGAAUUGAGAGAACCAGCCAGCCAUCGCCACCAUGUUGGAGGAGGACAUGGAAGUGGCCAUCAAGGUGGUCGUCGUCGGCAACGGAGCCGUCGGCAAAUCCAGUAUGAUCCAACGUUACUGCAAGGGCAUCUUCACUAAGGACUACAAAAAGACCAUUGGCGUGGACUUCCUGGAAAGACAGAUACUUGUCAACGAUGAAGAGGUGAGACUAAUGCUUUGGGACACCGCAGGGCAGGAGGAGUUUGACGCCAUAACCAAGGCCUAUUAUCGUGGUGCACAAGCAUGUGUGCUCGUCUUCUCCACGACAGACAGAGAGUCAUUUCAGGCCAUUGACAGCUGGAGGGAGAAGGUGGAGGCAGAGGUCGGAGAUAUUCCUACUGUUCUCGUGCAGAACAAAAUUGACCUCCUGGAAGAAACGGUUAUAAAGAAUGAGGAGGCAGAAGCUUUGGCUAAAAGACUGAAACUGAGAUUUUAUCGAGCUUCAGUAAAAGAGGACCUCAAUGUCAACGAGGUUUUCAAGUACUUGGCUGAAAAGUACCUCCUGCAGCUCAAACAGCAGACGGCAGAGGAGACGGAGGUGGUUCACACAACAAGCAAUAAAAUAGGUGUUUUUAAUACCACGAGUAGUAAUGUCUGCAACCAGAACUCCACCAACGGCAGAGAAGUCAUCACUUUGCGACCUAACAAGCAACGGACCAAGAAGAGUAAAAAUCCUUUUGGAAGUUGCAGCCUAGUCUAGAUAGAAUCAUUUCAUUGUCGUUAUAGUCUAUUGUGACUAAGACUAGACUGGACAAUUGUUGUAUUCAGUGUAGGUAGCCACAUUCACAGACCAAAGCCCAUAUAGACUGGGAAAUCCUACUUCAACUAAUCUGAUAUAUAAUCUGUAUCCCCUCACAUUAACGGAUGAAUUUGGACCUACAUUAUCGGUCUGUCGACAUUUGUACGCUGUUGUGUAACAGCGAGAAACGCAGGUACGCUAUAUAUAUGGAAAAAAUAAUAAUAUCCGUGAGUGUAUGUGGCUUUUUUUUUUGUUUCAA